GGGAGGUGGGGGGCUCCCCGAGAACGUGCCAGCGGUGGGGUCGGGGACAUCCGGAGGGCGGCGACCCGGGCACUUGGAGCGGCCCCAGGGGCAGGUCCUCAGCGGCCUUGGCGAAGCAGGCAGCGGCGGAAGCCCGAGCGCAGCCCCGGGGUCCCCACUCGGUGGCCGGCGGCGACAGCGGCGAAGGAGCACGCGGGGCGCCCGGGAGUGGGCGCCGGUAGGGACCCCGGAGCGCGCCUCCUGGAACGGCGGGUGGGCGGUCGCCCCGCUGGGCGCCGGGACCUCGGCCGAUUGAACGGAAACUGCUCUCCAAUUGAUUGGGCCCCGCCGGGCGGGCGCGUGUGCCCCGGGGGAGCGGGUGCGGAAGGCAGAAGGGCAGGAAGUCGGCGUUCUGCAGCGAGGGUGGCGCGACCGCGCGGGGAACCGAGCCUUCUUUAUUUAUGUGCCUGCCAGAGCUCGUCAGCUUCCUCCGAAGACUUCAGGGAGAGUCUCCGAGCUGCCAUCCCCGAAUGUGAAGACGCAGGGCUGGAUGUCAGAACAUGUUUAUCCAUUAAACUGCAAACUUUCCUUUUUUCAAACCCAAAGAAUAUCGGUGGCUUUUGCCCACUGCUCGAAGAGAGAGUCCAGGGCUCUUGAGAUGCAGCAGAAUCCUUAUUUAUAACCCGGGUAGUGCUAUGCAAACCCCCUCAGCUCAGUAAGUUCUCUAUCCUAUGGAUAUCGGUCUUGAGCUUUGAGAUUAGAUUGCACCCUCUGCACUGGGUCCUGCAACCUCCCAUCCUUUCAAUGCCCUGUUAUUUCUGGGACUGCUGGCCUUCCCUGGAGAUUAGAGCGGUCCUGUGUGCCAUGGGCUGUAUUCAGAGCAUCGGAGGCAAAGCCAGAGUCUUCCGGGAAGGGAUCACAGUGACUGAUGUGAAAGCCUCCAUCGACCCCAUCCCCACCAGCAUCGACGAGUCCUCCAGCGUGGUGCUGCGCUACCGGACACCCCACUUCCGGGCCUCUGCCCAGGUGAUCAUGCCACCCAUCCCCAAGAAGGAGACUUGGAUUGUUGGCUGGAUUCAGGCGUGUAGUCAUAUGGAGUUCUAUAACCAGUACGGGGAGCAAGGCAUGUCCAGCUGGGAGCUCCCUGACCUUCAGGAGGGCAAGAUCGAGGCCAUCAGUGACUCAGACGGGGUGAACUACCCCUGGUACGGAAACACCACGGAAACCUGUACAAUAGUGGGCCCCACCAAGAGAGACUCCAAGUUCAUCAUCAGCAUGAAUGAUAACUUUUACCCCAGCGUCACGUGGGCCGUGCCCGUCAGCGAGAGCAACGUGGCCAAACUGACCAACAUCUACCGGGACCAGAGCUUUACCACGUGGCUGGUGGCCACCAACACCUCGACCAAUGACAUGAUCAUCCUUCAGACGCUGCACUGGCGCAUGCAGCUCAGCAUCGAGGUGAACCCCAACCGGCCUCUGGGCCAGCGCGCCCGGCUGCGGGAGCCCAUCGCCCAGGACCAACCCAAAAUCCUGAGCAAGAACGAACCCAUCCCGCCCAGCGCCCUGGUCAAGCCCAAUGCCAAUGACGCUCAGGUCCUCAUGUGGCGGCCCAAGUACGGGCAGCCGCUGGUGGUGAUUCCGCCCAAGCAUCGGUAACAGCCAGGCCACCAAUGAGGUCAGACUCACUAACAAUAUUACAGCUCAGACGGAAACCCAGAUGCCCUCUCCGGUCAUUCAGAAAAAUACAACCAUUCUACCUUGUCUAGGGGCGGAUCUCACUGUGCUAAUGCCCGACUGGCUUACCAAGCUCUUGCAUCUGCUUCCUGGGGGGGGGGGGGG